AUGGAGGACGGUGUUGCAGCAGGUAAAGGCAUUACGCUUAUUGCCAAAUGGGGAAAGGAACGUGUAGUUCUCGAGAACCUUGAUGGCGAAACCACGGUGGGAGCAGUCAAAGAUUUGUUGGCUCAACGAACAGGAGUCUUGUCCAAAAGACAAAAACUGAUCGGUCUCAAACCAAAGUCCUCCAAACUCAACGAUGGUGUGGUGUUGAAGGACCUGAAGGUGAAGAAUGCAAAUAAAAAAGCAGAUACGGACAAUGUUGUUUCACAUGAGUUCAUCAUGAUGGGGACAAAGGAGGAGAACAUAUUCGUUGAUCCGAACGAUAAAGACGAUUUACCAGACGUCGUGGACGAUUUUGAUUUGGACUUCAAUGCCGGCAGUUCUGAAUGGCUACAGCACGUUGCCAACGGAGACAACCUGAAAAAGUUUACCGAAUCGACCAUGAUCCAUGUAAUGAGUGAACCACGGCCGGGAAAGCCAUUGUUGGUAUUGGACCUGGAUCACACUUUACUCGACUUCAACAGCAAAGCGCUCCAACGUGAAUCUAGUACUCAGCAAGUUGGCACUGGUUCCGCUGUUAACAUGAAACGGCCGCACAUGGAUGACUUUCUCACUCGCGCAUACCGACACUACGAUUUAGUUGUGUGGUCACAAACGUCGUGGAGAUGGCUCGAAACAAAGCUGAUCGAGCUGGGAAUGUUGACACACCCUGGAUACCGAUUCUGUUUUGUCAUGGACAAGACAAGCAUGUUCAAAGUAACUUCGACGAAACGCAGUGGUGCACAAGUUGUGCAUUACGUCAAACCGCUUCAAAUCAUAUGGUCAAAGUUCCCUCAAUGGGGAAGUCACAACACUGCACAUGUUGAUGACUUGUCUCGAAACUUUGCGCUGAAUCUAGGCUGUGGGAUAAAAGUCACCGGAUUCUAUCGAAAAAGGAGCAAAGCUGGACGCGAUUCCGAGUUGCUGGGACUAGCAAAAUAUCUUGAGCAGUUAGCAGAAGCUAAUGUUAGUUUUGAAAAGGUGAAGUUUGGAGAAUGGAAAGAUGUGGUAACCGAAUCCAGAAGUCUAGUAAGAGAAGAUGACAGCAAAGAAGAAGAAUAA